AUGCCCCACCGAGUGCACCGCACGGCGUACGCCUUGGCUGAAAUAACUGGGAUUCAGGCCUCUGCCAGCACAGCGAGCGUCUCCUUCCUGUUGUCGGACCCAGGGACUGAUGACGAGGCGAUUUCGCUGUUUGACCUUGUCCCGUGCCCCCCACAAUAUUUACGUCAAUUGUCUCUUUUCGGAAGCGGCAGUAAGUGUGAUAGUGGACAGGAGCCUGACGACGGGACCAUACCAAAUAGCGACCUCAUCAAUGACGAAACCGGGGACGAUGUAGUGGCAGAUGGCUGUGAAUCACCACAAUCACCAAUAGAGUACCUUUUACAACGUUCGGUACAUGCUGGCCUUGUUCAUCCUGAUCAAGCCCAUGCUGCGUGGUUGCGGCAAUUUCAGCAUCCUGCCGGCCUCUGCGACACCACUGCCGAAUUCAAAGCCGGAGAAGCUCAAACAGAAGGACCAGCCGCUAAGCGAAAUCGAACGGUAUUAAAACAUGAAAAGAACGUGUUUGGACAGCACUUCCCGCUGCAACUCAAAAAGGAUGAAAACGUCCUCGGUUCUUCGCUAAUGUCGCCGCCACUUUUGGGCCCAGGCCCCGACCAUCUUGUCACCACUAGAAGUGGUGCUGUGGAUGGCAUCCUUGUAGCAAAUUACAUUCCUCCGAUGAACAAGAACGUAUAUUUUGCUAAUACUUUUCGUGAGGCAAAUGUCAUAAUUGGGAACCAGCUUCGGCAGACCGCUUCUCGGUUGUGUAAUAAAAAGGAUAAUGUGACAAAACGACUUGGAAGUGAACACGGCUCUAGGGAAAUUGAUGGGGUUUCCGGCGUGCCUGUUGUACUCUGUAUAUUCGAUCACUACGAAAUGCUGCGGCGACUUGAAGUGUUCAUGUCUCUACGAGGGCAUAUCGUGCGACCAAUAGAUGGUGUGAGGGAAAGUGACUCAAAAUUGACCUGCGGAACUGGACCAGACUGGAACCACACCACAGCUGCCAUAUGUCAGGGGAAGGUUCCACUGCCAGCUGUCGCUUCGGCAUUCUCCAGUGCGUGCAGGGUGUGGCUAUGCAUGCUGCGGGAAGAUGCCUGUGGAGGAGAAGAGGAUCUGAGAAGGCUCCUGCGUGAUGCUCCCCCGGUUGAUUUCCUUCUGGUCGUGCACGAUACUGAGGUACCAUUGCCGUCACUUUGUCCCGUUGAUCCCAUAGAAGGGGCUGAAGCAAAUAUUCUUAAGCUUCUAACGCACCUGAGGGAACCCUUGAGACGGCUGGUGGUAUGCUUUAGGGGUGCCCCCUGUGUGGAAGGCGAAACGAUAACGGGCUCCAAGGUGAAAGUGUCGGGGUCGGUUUUCAGGGGUAACAAAGUCCUCGUCCCAGCCAGUCGAGAACAACUGCUUUUGAUACAGACAGUGUUGUCAGCACCCAUAGCACAACAGUCCCCGUACCCCUUCUCGACAGAUCCCCAACGCCUCGGCCCAGGACUACUGGAACGUAUUGCGCUUGGCAGUUUCACUGACUCCGCGGCCUCCAAUCUGUUCGCGGGGUUCGCCGGCACCGCAGCGAUACAGGUGCAGUACGGUGGCAACGAAUCGGCUUCUGCUUGCCGGUCACCGCACACAGUCUUUAGCUCCAUCGCCGAGCUCCGACGUAAGUUUUGCCAGAACCCCAUGGCCUUUGGCGAAGCAUUCCCGAUUUUCGCCGUAGCUCGUGCCAUUGUGCAAGAUGUUUUCUUCGCCCAGUUGCGCCAGGGAUGUGGCACGGGAAGCUGCCUCGGACGCCUGCCGCGCGUGGCGCUUGUGUUUCAUCGCGGCAACCCCACAGGAAUGCCCCUUCUGACUACCGAUACCUUCUUGAACAAUGUUAGACAGUACUUUUCGCCCUGGUGUGUCCACGAUGUUGGGUCCCCCAUCUCUGUUAGGCAUUCCAUAAGUAGUGCAGAGGUUGUGCCUACGCCUGUGCUAUGGAACCGACAGGGUGGUCUGAUGAUGCUCUUUAGCGACGAACCGAGUGCCUCACUAGCUGCCCUUCACGAUGAGGCGGACGUGGUGAUUGCCUGUGGGAAAACGGCAGCGGCGUGGAUAGCGGCGAAUGCGCGAACCUCUCUGAGCUGUUUUGCAAUACUGUCUGAGGUGGAGGUCGUACCAGUACAAGACACUACAUAUACCUGGUUUCCAUUUGAUCUCGCUUCGGUAAAAAAUGACUUCACAGCGCAGUCCUCGAUGGUGAAACGAGAGCUCGUGUGGCGCCAAUUAUUGGAACACACGACCAAGGCAACUCGGCCCUCCAUAUCGCCGGAAUCAAAACAUGAUUCGCGAAGUGCCUCAAAACGCUGCAUUCAGAUUCCCAAGGUUCUUCAACAAGCACUUAUUUUAUAUCAACAUCUAACAUCAGACACGUCCAAACAAGGCGGUGGUCCCGAGGGAGAAGGCGAGGUCCGACAAGAGCCAACAGUAUUGCCUGUGUCGUCGGGCCACUGUACAUGGCCAAACCUGUCUACCUUUAUUAAGACAAUGGUGCUGAACUGUCUGACAACGACGCCAGUGCAAAUGGGAGAACUGUGUAUUAGGGCGAUUAAUGAUGAAUAA